UGAUAUUCUAUGGUUCUAUGAUUCUCAUGUUGAAACAGUUGGGGCCUGAUCACAGGCUCUCUGCAGGACAGAGACAGAGUCAUGGCUCUAUUCUCUGUCUGACUCAGAAGCUGGCAGAACUCUUAAUACACUGGCAAAUGGUCAGAAUGUGGGAUUUGGAAAAGAAAAGCCAGAAAAAUAUGUUUACAGUUCUAUCCUGGCCUUGAGCCAGCCAAGCCAGGCUGGAGCCUGGGCCUAUAAAUAGGCCUUUUAAACUAGCUUCCAAGGGUCGGCCAGUCAAAUACCAGGAAUACUUUUAAAACAGGGGCUUGGGAAUCUUGCUACCAUCAUAGCAUUGUUAGUGAUGUAAGGCAAGAUAAGUGUUAAUCCACUGUCAUGCUUCAAGGCAUCAUCUGAUUGCUGCAGGGCUCAGGAAGGUUUUUUUUUUAAAAAAAAAACACCACCACCUGUAUUCCUACAAAGAAGUGGCCAUGGGAUAUCAAUGUAAAACUGCCCAGUUGUGGGUCAUAGGCUCUAUAUUGUUCCUGGCUAAUGGAGAGUCUCCUAUAGUUGAAGUUGGCGAUGGUGAUUUUGGAGCAGAGAGUCUGAAAUCUCUCCUCGUUCAUUAUAUGUAACAGUGACAUCUGUAAAGUCCCAGUGGUGAGAGGAGGCUAGUGGACCAGUGCGACUGGUCUGAUCCAGUGCAGCAGGAGUCAGGGAUAUGGGACUAAAUCACGUUUUGGUUCAGGGGUCAAAUUUUUAUAGUGCCUAAGGAAGCUAAAUUCCAUUUUCAAAAGUCCAUCUGGGUUUGCAACAGCGCGUUCGAAGAUGAUGCGCCAGGGCAGUAGAUUAUGGGACAGGACAGAGGGAGUUGUGGGCCUUUGACCCCAAAUUCCCACCAUUCCCUGAGAGAAGUACGGAUAUCCCACCACGCAUCCUAAAAAUUCCCCACAAGGCAGCACACUUGCAGGUGGGACACAUAGGAUGCGGGGAUGCUUACCCAUAAUGCAACGCCUUUUUGCCCAUACACCCUGAUGCUGUGUGUGGCCUCAAGGUGCCAGCACCCAUGUGGGAGUGUGCUCUGCCAAAAUAAUUUUGUCGGCUGCAGAACUUUUGCCAGUGAAGUCACUUAACCUUUUAACCAAACCUGUGAAGCAGGAGCUGAGAGAUUAGAGUAGGUGGAUGUUGAUCCAAUGCACUGGGGAAGCAGGUGUACAAAAUUACAUGGGGCAGUGCUCUGAACCGGUACUCUAAGAAGCUGGACUGACAGAAGCCUAGCGGGAUGGAUGGUCAGACUGGAUAUAGCAAAUCCAUAGUUCCUUCCUGUCCUCUACAGAAAAACGGCGUAAACUCCUUGAGGAGCAAAUUGCAAAGUAUAUGAACGGCAUGAAAGUAAAUUAGAUUUAAAGAAAUUGGGCUUUGCCAAUUAGGAGCCAAGGAUGACUCUGACCUUGUAAGGAGUUUGGGUACUCCGCAGUUUUGCUUUAAGGAUGGUGGGGUUCUCUGUUGUACUUCAUGGUGGUAUUGGAAAUCUGGCCCCAUGGCUUUAACAGCCUGAGUGCUUUCCAGUGACCUGGCUUGGUCUGGGGUGUCUGUAAUUAUAGGAAGUGUGUGACUUCGAAAGGAGAGCUUGGGGUUUCUUAAAACACAGCUAAGGCUUCUUAAUGAUUUGGUUUUGGCAGUGGCUGGAGCACAUUCUAGUAUCCUCCUUGGAUUUCAGUUUGCAAGGAAUGAAAGAAUUGAGGCUGAAACAUGCGAGGGGUUGGGUCGAAAUGGGACAAGUCUGAUACUUCGCUCUCAGGUAGCGCAUUUCAUCAAAGCAACUUUAAACGAGGUAUCAUCCUCCUCACAUCACAGAUGGGGAAACAGAGGUACAGAAAGGUGAAGUGGCCUGUCUGGUGCCCCCCAUGUGCAGCCUUGCCUAGUCUUGUGAUAUUUGGUGGUUUUCUUAAAGCUCCAGUUCUUGGAGUCAUGUUAUUACGUGAGACUCUCGGCUUUUCUUUUUUAAAAGCCGUCCUAUUCUAGCCUGGCGCAGCAGAGGAAAGCGUGGAAAUAUGACCCUUGUACAGCUCAAAAAGGCAAAGGAGAAGAACUCAAACAUCUCCUGGAGCUUGAACGGUUGGGGUUGGCAAUAUUGCAUGUGUGCUGGGGAGCUGUGCAUGUUACCUCAGAUUCGGGGGGGGCUCCAGGUAGGGUAGCCCAACAGACAUUUCCUGUACUAAGAAGUACUGUAAUGAGAACUACCACUAGAGGGUGUUCAGAAACAUGACAGCAUUGAUUCGGUGUAAGACUUUUGCUGCAGAGAUGCCUCAGUACCCCAGAAUCCUUUGCAGUAGUGGGCACUUCAGUGUCCCAGAAUCCUUUGUGGCAGGUGCCUCAGUACUUCUGAACCGCUAACUCUGCAGGAGGUGCAAAGAAUUCUGGGGGCACGUUUUGAAAUCUCGAAGCACCAGCCACAGACGUAUGAGCAGAAACCAGGUAGCCCCUGCAGUCUGGGGGAAUGACACAGACAAGGCAGGAUUCAUAGAAUAUCAGGGUAGGAAGGGACCUCAGGAGCUCAUCUAGUCCAACCCCCUGCUCAAAGCAGGACCAAUCCCCAAUUUUUGCCCCAGAUCCCUAAAUGGCCCCCUCAAGGAUUAAACUCACAACCCUGGGUUUAGCAGGCCAAUGCUCAAACCACUGAGAUAUCCCUCCCCCCAGGAUUGGGUGGGAGAUGGAAGCAGCAAGCCAGCUGGGUCAAGGGCUGCCAAUCCCUGUCUUUGCCUAGAGCAGCAUGUAGGGGUGGUUGGGAUGAGCCGUCCUUCUGGCGCGAGAAGAGAUAGAAGCCCAGAGACUUGGCACCACCUCCUGUUGCAAGAUCUGUGUAAGGGGCAUGAGUUAUGAAGGGUUUGGAGCGGAGGGGCCAGCAGCAGCACUGAGAGUGGGAACCAGAGAGGAGUUCAUCCUUCUCUGGGAUGGAUGGGCCCAGAGAAAUAGCUGCCUUGAAUCUAACGAUGCUCGUUUGAUAUGGGGGUGAUCCUGGGGUGGGGGACGGUUUUGAAGGCAAUCCAGGGAGUCAGCCCCUGCUCCCUGCAGAGCCCAUGGGGUUUGUCCAGACGGGCUCGGAGAAAGCCCCUGAGGUCUCUUGAAUUUGCACCCAGACUGCUGGAGGCAACUGUAGCGGCCUACAGCUGGCCGGGGGACAAGUAUUUCAGUUAAGGUAAUUGGCCAUUACCACUGACUCCGAAGCACAAACACUGCGAUUCCCAGGGAGGUCUUUGAGGCUGGACAAAUUACAUUCUUCAUGGCCCAUCAGGAGCCAGAAAUGUUACCCCAUAUGGGAAUCAGGCAACCUCCCAUUGCUGGCCCCCUUGGCUCUGCCCCUGGAUAACUCAGCAACGAGGAGUGGGCAGCCGGGAAGCCGAAUCCCAGUGCUUGACGGAGGGGAGGGGAAUCUGGGAAUUCCCACCUCCCACUGGUUAGUGGGAGAAAUCUGGGGUCCCUAGUGGGAACCGAGCCCAGAGAUCAGAGACUUGUGGUCUAAUGGGCACGAUCUGGGGGCUUAUGUUUCCUGGGGUGGGGGCUAGUUUCAGCUUGGUGGGGUGGAAGUGUUAGUCCAGUACUUACAGCAGGGACACUGAGAGUCAGGACUCCUGGGUUCUAUUCCCAGCUCUGGGAUGGAAGUGGGGUCUAGUGGUUAGAGAAGGAAGGGCCGGGAGUCAGGACUCCUGGGUUCUAUUCCCACCUGUGGGAUGGGAGUCGGGCCUAGUGAGGGAAUUUUGAGGAAGAACUCCUGACUUCUUUCCAAUGCCCUGGGUGACCUUGGGCAAGUCACGUCAGCUCAUUAUGCCUCAGUUUCCCCCCCCCCUCCCGGGGUUAUGUGGCAGGGCUAACACCAAGUCAGCCUGCAUGGAGGGCAGCUUAGCGACUGAGUGUGGAGUAGCACAGGAUCGGGGCGGGGGCAGAACAUGGCGGUUCCGACCGCACGCAGGAAAAACAAACAGUAACAGUUAAGUUUCCCCAGAGUCUUAGCUGCCUCUGUGCAUGGUUGGAAUGCCAGACUCAGUAAACGUGAUCCCUUCCAAACAUUCCAUCAGGACCUCUGCCAGCCCCAUUAUGCAACCCCAGUCGCAGCAGACCCAGAGUCCCCCUACUUGCCCACCUCCCUCCCCUGGCUUUGAUCAGACGAGAAGACAACAGCAAGCGAAGACACAGCGUCCCGGCUGCAGCUCACGCCCGGGCAGUGCGACAGCUCCUGGCAGGUUGCUUUCUCCGUUUCCUUUCCCAGUGCCCCGGGAGGCGAGCGUGCGGGUGUGUGCGGAACGCGACUCUUCCUGUGGGGACCGUGUGAGGACAAUCUUUAUUUCAGAGGCGAAGACAGAGCUGAGGGAAUCAGGAGCCCCACACCGGUCUGGCUUCAAUUAAAGAUCCUGGGAAGACUGCAGAGUGGAGCCUGGGAGCCUCGCAGCUGGGACCCAGCUAUGCGGCUGAGCUGCGGCUGUCUCCUGGUCCUCUUUGUGAAGAUCCCCUCCCUCUGCCUGGUCGGGAGCCAGGAUGACGAGGACAACCCGCCAUCCCCCCGGCUCAGGGGGGGGGCCCUGCCCAAGAAGAACGCCCCGGGCUGCCCGGCCAACUGCACCUGCCCAUCAGAGGAGACGGUGGAGUGCGGUGGGCUCGACCUGCACGUCUUCCCCAGCAACGUCUCCAGAGCUGUCCAGCAUCUUUCUCUGCAGAAUAACCAGCUACGGGAGCUGCCCUAUGACAAGCUGGCCCAGCUGACCAGCCUGAAAACCCUCAACCUGCACAACAACCACAUCAUCUCCGAUGGCCUCCCGGAUGAAGCCUUUGAAUCCCUGGAGUCGCUGCAGUACAUCUACCUGGCCAACAACAAGCUCACGGUAGCUCCGCAGAUCCUCCCCAGCACUGUGCGCAUAGUGGACCUGGCUGCUAACCUGCUCACUGAAGUCUAUCCCCUCACCUUUGGACAGAAAGCCAACCUCAGGUCCGUGUAUCUUCACAACAACCAGCUGGCCAACUCCGGGCUCCCCUAUGACGCCUUCAACGGCUCCGACGCCGUCAGCACCAUGAUCCUCUCCAGCAACCAGCUCAGCUACCUGCCCCAGAACCUGCCCCCCGCGCUCGUCCGGCUCCACUUACAGAACAACCGCAUCGCCCGGAUCCCCCGGGGGGCGCUGAGCAGCCACUGGAAGCUCCGAGAGCUCUACCUGCAGAACAACAACCUGUCCAACCAGGGCCUGGACCCGUCUACUUUCAGCAAGCUGAAGAGCCUGGAGUACCUGGAUCUGUCUAAUAACAACCUGACCGAGAUCCCGGCUGGCUUCCCCCCGAACAUCAUGAUCCUGCACCUGGGCAAGAACCGCAUCGGCUCGCUGCCCCGGGACAGCCUGAGCCGGGUGCGCGGCCUGCAGUACCUGCUGCUGCAGAGCAACCGCCUGACGGCCGCCGGCAUCCACCCCGAUGCCUUCCUCAGGCUGCGCAAGCUGCACACCCUGCAUCUCUACAACAACCGGCUGGAGCGGGUGCCCCCGGGGCUGCCCCGCCGGGUGCGCUCCCUCAUGAUCCUGCACAACCAGAUCGCUCAUGUCGGCCUGCACGACUUCGCCAGCACCUACCUGCUGGCCGAGCUCAACCUGAGCUACAACCGGCUCUGCAGCGCCAAGAUCCACCGGCUGGCCUUCCGCAAGCUGCGCCGGCUCCAGAGCCUGGACCUGUCGGGCAACCAGCUCACCCUCCUGCCCGCCGGCCUCCCGCCCAGCCUCCAGGUGCUCACGCUGCACAAGAACCAGCUCAACUCCCUCUCGCCCGAGCUGCUGGCCAACCUGACCAGCCUCAAGGAGCUGCACCUGGCCCACAACAGGCUGCGCAUCAGCUCCAUCACCCCUGGCACGUGGCAGGAGCUGCAGGGGCUCAAGCUCCUGGAUCUCAGCAACAACGAGUUGUCCUACAUCCCCCCUGACCUGCCGGAGUCCCUCGAGUACCUGUAUCUCCAGCACAACCGCAUUGCCGUCAUCGGGGCCGAAGCCUUCCACACCAUCCCAGACAUCCGAGCCAUCAUCCUCAGAUCCAACCGUCUGCUGGCAGCCAGCGUGUCUGACCAGGCCUUCGUGGACCUGAAGCAGCUGGAGGUCGUGGACACUACGGGGAACCCAGAACCCAUCAGUGUCAAGAUGCCACGAGCGGGGCACUGGCUCAGGUCCCAACCAGGCCCCUAGCAAGCAGCCACCUGAGCCGCCACCUUCCCUCUGUCAUUUCCUGCAGCCGCCUUCCCUUGCUCCCAAGCUCUGCCGCUCCACAGCCCAGAUCACAGCGACAACAUGGUUUCAAUAUCCUCCCUGCCUGCCCCAAGGCAGCGUUCCAGAGGGAUUACACUGCCCGCUGUUCGCUCCUCGGGGCUCGUCCAGCUGCACAGAGCCCCGACACACCUCUAGGCCCUGCCGCAGCCUCCUGAGGAUCAGCACAUCCCGUCGGGCACUUAAGGCCUCGCUCAACUUUAGCCACGUAUUUGAACCAGCCUUACAGGGCACAGGCUCUCAGGAGGGCUGCUCGCCGCUGUGCCCGAGUGGGCCAGCUGGAGGCAUGCAUCCGCAGAACCUGACCUGUCUUCAGCCAGGGCCUGAACUCCACCCAGCUGACAGGGACCCUCCCCGUAGAUUAGUGACUGCAGUACAGGCAGGGUAAGGGCUGGGAUGGGGUCUGGACCCUGCGCCUCAGGGCUGCCAGGUAACAGGCGUCUCCAUGCUGCUGCCCAGCAAGAGCGCUGUUGAAGCCAAAGGAAGGUAUUUCAGCUACUGGAACAGGGAAUGGGCCUGGACCCAGGCAAUGGGGCCAGCA